GGUAAGGGGGAGACGGCGCAGUGGGAGUGGCCGGGCGGAGGCUAGACGGCCUGCGGGCCCAGCGCCGGUGCUGCGGGUGGCCCUUGUCUCUCCGCAGCGCCUGUCCCGGGCUGGUAGUGCCUGGCUCGUGGUUGCUGCCCGGUACUUGUCGGAGCUACGUGGAGGGCGAAGAACUUGGGCGCUGCAUCGCGAGGGCCGUGGCAGCCGUCCCAAGUCUCGCGCUCAGGCGAUACCUAGACCCGAGGGAGCACAGCUGAGGUGGAGCAUCAGCAUUCUCCUCCACAGGAUGAUACUUGAAGUGACAACCAUUAUGUUUCCCUUAAUCAUCUGGGGAUUCAGCAAGAUCUAUAACUCUUCAUGGUAAAUUCAGGAGUUUUCCUGCAAGGGAAGUAUCUGCUUAGAGAAAUCAAAUUUGGGAAAAUUCAGAGAAAACCCACCACAUUGAUAACCACACCCAUAGUCCUGCUGGAGGAAUGCUAAACAAUUAUUCUAUGAAUGAGAAGGCAAACUAGAGACGUUCUAAUUUCAGUGAAGAACAAGAGCACAGAGUGGACUUGGGAAGAGAAGAGGAGAGCUAAAAAUGCAGAUGCCUAUUGCAGUAUUUUGAGACCUACUCAUGCUGCUGAAUGUACAUCUGAUUUAUCCUGAGAGCUGCAUGGAACUCCAUGAGGACACCUUCCACAGUUUACUAGUUGAUUUCUGGACUAGUCUCACCCAGGCUGCCCCCGAAACCUGCCACUUGCCACCAUGAAUGACACUGCGGUAAACAUGAGUACACGCUUUUAUCAAAACCUUAAAGUGGCAGAAUCAGUUUGGUUGGUUGACAAGAAUGAACACUUAUAUUUUGCUUACUAGUUCCAGAGCUGUGAUUAUCAUGCCACCUGCAGCAGGAAUGACAGUGGCUUCAAGGGAAUAUCAUGCUAAUUCCCCAACAAAGAUUUGUUCAAGAGGAGUGAUCUCUGAACCCUCUCCAGGACCAUACUCAGGAGAUGUUUUUUCAACCAGGAGCAAGGUACCCACUAAAGGAAAAACUUCAUGUGGAGGUAGUAUUUGAGCUGUGAUGUGAAGGAAAAGAUGGGGUACUACAAGAGAAGACGAGUCAGAGAAAUCAGGAAAAGUUAAGCCCGAGUUCUCUCUCUGGUGAGCCCCAGUGCUUAGAAAAGGGACCACAAAGAGUAAGCACACAUUCAAUAUUUGCUGAGUGAAUGAGGUCUUACAGAGCUGAACCUGUGACCAGAGGGAUGCAGUUUAAAAUCAUGAGAGACUUGGGGCAUAAUGGUUUGGGGGAGCAGGGGCCUCCAGGGCAUAAAACAUGAAUUGCAAAUCUUAGGUGCCAUCUGUGCUCUCUCUCUGUCCCACCCCAGAUCUUUGGUCCCUGAGGAAAGAGAUUUUGCACAUGUCUUGCACCCUGGCUUUUGUGUCUGCUGCCCAGAGGACACGCCUCUGGUGAUAGCCUGGCUCUGGUGGCCAGUGGGGCUUGUGUUCACAGGUUCAACAGGAAAGUAGCAAAGAAGGAAACAGUUCUCAACUGGCUGGCACCCUAAGACUCAGCACAGAGGAAGCAGAUAGAAACACUUAUCUUCCCCUGAAAGAGAGUUCUGACAAGUUCAUCAGCACCUAGAGCUGCCCCAGGUCCUGCACUUUUGUUCAGAUCACAGUAGCAAAGAGAGGUCGUGUUAAACAGUGACCAGUAACAGAGCCAGAUGAGCCUCGGGUGGAAUCCUCCCGAGUGCUGCAGACUUGGGCCAAGCCUUUAAAUUCGGAGCCGGAGAGGAGCCUGAACGUAGGUUUUGCCCGUGUGAGAUGGAGUUUCAAGUGCCUGACGUGCCGCUGUUGAAAAUCUUCUCCUUCCUGGAUGCAUUCAGCUUGCUCCAGGCUUCCCAAGUGAACAGGGUAAAUGCCAUCCACGACCUGCUGUGGGAUCCGCCCCACCCUCCUCCCAAGUCCUUGCGCAGACUCCUUUCACCUCAGUCCCUGGCGUUUCACCAAGUCCCAGUUCUUGGCGAACCCAGCCUCGGACCCAUAGAGCUGCCCUCACUGCUCACAUUUGCCCUGUUUCAGGCUCAUCCAAUCAGCUCCCAUAAAUCCAGGUCCCUGGAUUUCCAUUGCUUCUCUACAGUACGUUGAGCACCCAUUCGCAGAAUAGCAGGGUGAUGCACUGGGUGUUGGGGGUUAGUAUCCUCCACUCUGAGGGCCUCACGUUUCCUUAAAUGAAAAAGACAAAGGGAUACACAGGAGUCCCUGUGCUGACUAAAGGGUCCCAUAGUUCCUGUGUCAAGUUCCCAAGUUUCUCCUGCUGAAACCCCAAGGGAUUCCGAGGGCCUGUCUUAGCCAAGAUGGGCCUCUGCUGUCCUCAAGGUGUCCCAGUCCCCCCCCAGACUGGGAGGGCUUUGAGAGCCCAGAUGGUGGCUGAUUAACCAAUAGGUGCCUUGCUCCUACAAAAUGAUGGCAGAGGAGGAGCCAGUGUUUGGGUAUUGACUGCCUGCUUACCUCUUCCUUUGUCUCCCUCAGUGUUGGAAUAGGGUUGCAGAGAAUGAUCACCUGUGGAGGUAGGUGAGCACAGGAAGGGAAGGGUGGGAAGACAGGUGGCUCUCAUGGGAGGUGGAGGGCAUCCGAGUGUGUACCAGGAAGGCCUGUAGGCGGCUGUCCCAGGAGAGGCCUGAGUGAGACUUACAGUGAGGAAAGGGUUCAUGAGACCAGGGCUCUUGAGGCGGUGAAUUGACCGGGGGCAGCCUGGGGGGAUGAUGACUCUGUUUCCAGGAACCUGUGUCUGAAGAAAUGGAGCUUCUGUAACUUCUCCCAGUGCCUGGGCUCACUGACGUGGAAGCAGUUCUUCCUCAAACAGAGAAAGCAGGAGUACCGGAUGGCGUUGGCGAAGCCAGAAGACUUUACCUUCAGAGAAGCAAGUGGGAACCUCGGAAUCUUAGGACCUAUGGCUUAUCUGUCAGGAAAUGACCACACAGUGGGUGGACAAGAGAAGUCAGUCAUUUGCACGGUGUCAUCAAAACACGUGCUUUGUACCUGGGACGUGCAGGAGGGCACUAUGAUCUGGUCCAGCCCAGUCCAGCAGUCUAGCAUCAUGCAUCUGGCGACCCUCCCUCAGAUGCAUCUCGCAUUCACUGUGGACUUGGAAGGAACUGUCAAAGUGUGGAAUUGUCAGGAUGAGGAUGCCCUGGCUACUCUUGCCAUGCCUCGGGUCUGUUUUUCUUUGGAAAUCUGUCUCACAAAUGAUGGCCCAUUCCUGAUGGUAGGCAAUUCUGAAGGUGACAUCUACACACUGACCGUGCCUGAGCUAAGGGGUGUUUCUAAAGUCAAUGCAUUUAAAUAUAGUGUUGACCUCCUACACUGCUCUCCUGACAGGAAAUGGAUCUUUGCAUCUGGGACACAUCAGAAUAUCUUGCCAAUGGUGUUUCUCACAGAGUGCUUGCUGAAACCGUCAGAAGGCAAUAGCCCUCUGUGCCUCUCUAUCCCAUUUUCAUCAUGCUGCAGAGCUUGCUGGGCCCCAAGGAAGACAAGCAGGGUAACAGUGAUGUACCGAAGAGGUUCUUUCAAAAAGACAGGAUUUACCACCUUUGAUCUAAUGGCUAAGAGGACUGGGGGCAGGACAGACAUCCAAGCCCAUCAGGUUGCAACUUUCCUGUUGCCAGUUCAUAUGGAGAGUCCUAUUUGGAUGGGAGUUGGUGAUGGCAAUAUGAUCGUGUUUGAGAGUGGGCCAUACUUGUUCCUCUUCACCAUCAGUGGCCACCUGCUGCAACGAUUUGAGGACCACCAGAGGACCAUCAGCAACCUAUGGGUGGAUUCUGUGCACAUCCUCACCACAUCUAUGGAUGACUCUCUGCAUUUGUACAUGUGGGAAGACGAAGGCCGUUAUCCAUACCUCAAAAGCUGCUGUCACCUGGAACACAUAGGGAGUGACCUGGCACCAAGCUGCUAUGUCUCCAAAGCGAUAUGUGAUAACAUGAGCAUAGUAUGUGUGGUGUCAAGAAUUCGUGAAUCCAGCAUUCUGGUGAUGUAUUCUUUGCAUAUGUAAUGUGGAAACUAAUGGAAUUAACCCUACAUCAUUUCCCUCCAUGUAGUAAAGAGAUUUCUGUUUGCAAACCCAGAAUGAUUAUUUUAGUAAUAUUAGGAAAGAAGCAAUGACUUAACUACUGACAGUAAAUCAGACACUAUAAUGGAUACUACAGAUCCAGCACUAUAGGAUAGAAUGCAGAGCAACAUAUCCUUUGUCCUUGCCAGUAUAGAAUACCAAGGUAGUAAAAUAUAACUGGUCACACAAAUCAAUUCAAAGGGAGCCUAUAACUGGGGAAAGCAUGACUGUAGAUUAAGGCUGGUUUAAAAACAAAGGCAUGAGGAUGCCUGGCUCGGUUGGUAAAGCAUGCAACUCUUGGAUUUCAGGGUUGUGAGUUUGAGCCCCAUGUUGGGCAUGGAGCCUACUUUUAAAAAUUGUAAAAGUGAAGGUCAUCUGUAUUAGUGUUCUCUAAUACAUCUAUUUUUUGCUUACAUUUUAGAAAAACAGAUGGUAAUACUUAAAGGUAGCUACAAGAGACUCAGAAUAUGGAUGGUAGGAAUAUGUGCUCAUGAAGACUAGGAAAUAGGAAAUAUAGCAAAAGCUAAAUCACAUGAAAGUUUGGAUUUGUAUAGCAUCACAGCCACUGUAAGGGAUAUGAUAAAGCACUGCCCCCUAGGUUUGUAUCAUUGGCUCAGGAGAGAGAGUACUGAAAAAUCAAGCCUAAGAUCCACAGGUCUACAGUCCUGGCUUUGAGAGGAGGGGAGGACUGGAAGAAAGAUGAUGUGAAGGAGUAGACUGUACUCUAAUGGGAAUGUAAUCUAAAUGGGAGAUUUCUCCAAGGAGCAGUGUGGGUUUCCAGGCUGUUAAAGUGCCCACCAUUGCCUUUUCCUCGAAAUAAACUUCAAGCUCUGACCAGGAGGAUAAAGGAAAGGAAGUCAAUGAAGGGUCUCUGGAAAUGGACAAGGCUGGGAGGAGAACCUGAUGUGAGAUGCUUUGUAAACAGCACCUGAAAAUUCUGGGACAUUUGCAUGUUUGGUUUACGUCAGAAUCAAAGUCAGCCAGUAGGAGUAUAUACUAACACAAGAGUGGAAAGUCACAUAGACAUUUGCAGGAUAUAAUCCAAACAUUUUGUUUCUUAACAAAGGGGGGAAAAAGACCCACAUUGUGUAGAUCUAUGUUUUUCAAAGAUCUUUUUUUUUUCUUUUUAAAAAUUUUAUUUAUUCACGAGAGACAGAGAGAGGUAGGCAGAGGGAGAAGCAGGCUCCAUGCCAGGAGCCCGAUGUGGGUCUUGAGCCUGAGACUCCAGGAUCACACCCUGAGCCAAAGGCAGACGCUUAACCACUGAGCCACCCAGGUGUCCCUCAAAGAUCCUUUUAACUGUCAUAUAGAAAACUGAUUUAGAAGGAGCCAUUGCAUACACUUGAAACUAAUAUGUCAUAUGCCAAUUUUAUCUCAAUUUAAAAAAUGUAGCCAUCAUGACUAAGGAAAGCCAGAGAGGCCACGGUCUUGCUUAGAAUCUCUGUCAUAAAGGGACUAUGUGGUGGUGGACAUGGAGGUAGAAGAUGAGAUAGAGGAAAAAAAUCUGCGGACUACAUGUGCAUGAGCACAAAGACUGUAAUCUGUCAUAGGAAACAAGGCUAAACAGAAUCCCCCAGAGCCUGUGAUUUCUGAAUAACUUAAAGACAGACAAAACUGAAUUGAUGUUGGGCUUUCAUUUUCCAGAAAAAGGUGGUCAAGACAUGCAGAGAGAACUUUCUACAUACAGCACCAAACAUUGUUCAAAACUGCACAUACAAAAGAAAACCUUAAAACCCAUGGGUAUAAGGGGGCUGGAAUUGAAGAGAAACCUUCUAAGUUGGGGAAUGAGAAAAGAGGGUAAACCCAGAAAAGUCAACAAGUGUUGCAUGCCUUCUUCAUAGAAUGUUAAAGGACUCCAUGAUGGAAUACAGAGCCCCUGCCAAGGUCAGGUCACAGAUCUGCAAGGUCUAAGACCCUCAGAAAAGUAACCAUCCUUUCCUUUUAGGUAAACUGAAGGGGAAGUCUAUCCAUUGGAAAAGGAUGAUGGGGAGAGCUGCCUCUCUCAACUUCAGGUUUGGGUGGAAUAAAAACAGAAACCACUCUCUCCAGAGAAUUCCUAACAUAACAAUAAUCUCCUUGGAGGUGGAGUUGACAUCAGUCAAGGUCCCAAGACUAGAAAGAGGUCACAGCCAAAUUAAGGUAAUUUGACCUAUCUUUAAUGAAGGGAUGACUAUAAUUAGGAUUUGUGGUGAAAAGCAUUCAAGAAGCCACAGAAGUAAUACACCUAGUGGUAUUUUAGCCUCUCCUUUUUGUACACUUCCCUACAGGCCCCUGGCAGUCCACUUUUGACCUGUGCUUGCUAGUCUAGUCCAGGUUUUGUUUCUGUCUCAGCCACAGGAAACUCCUGUUGGUGGGCACCAGCUGGUGGGAAGAGUUCAUCUUCCCUCCCAGAACCUGGGGUCCAGAACUGCCCUAAGGGUGCCAACCCAGCAUAGCUGACUUAGUUACCAAAGGGGUACUGACUCCCCACUCCUUUUUCUUUCUUUCUUUUUUUUUAAGAUUUUAUUUAUUUAUUCAUGAAAGACUGAGAGGCAGAGACAUAAGCAGAGGGAGAAGCAGGCUCCCGGCAAGGAGCCCAAUGGGGCACUCAUCCCGGAUCCCAGGAGCCAAAGGCAGACGCGCAAGUGCUGAGCCACCCAGGCUCACACACACACACACUCCCUUUUUCAUCCCCCUGGGCUGGCUUACUGUAGACAACAGAGAAUUAAACAGGGCUCUUCCUUUAAUUAGAAUGCCUCUGCCAUAUCAUUGCUUGAAUGGAUACAUUCAAAAAACAGGAACAAGUGGUUGAUAUAUUUGACUAACACGUUCUAUUUAGUAAAAACUUUACCAGAAAGAGAGAAGUGUCCUCCCUAUCACGCAUGUACGUUGCCCCACUACAGGCUAUGGAGCAAACUUGGACCUGCUCCUAACACCCAGGAGACAGAGCUGUGGAAAAGGAGACCACAUUUGGCUGUCUUGGGGCCUUGACCUAACUGCAGUUUCAGCCCCCUAGAAAUAUCCUCUUUACCCAGUCAACAUGGGAUGUUCCUGGUCAGCACUGGGAGAUUUACUGCUAUGCCCCUGCUGUACCCCUUAGGGGUGCAACCUUUCCUAAAACAAUGGUUCUUUACUAAUGAUUUCCCUUUUUCUACUCCCUAGGAACUUUUCCUUUUCUGUAGCCCUUUGGAGCUCCCCUUGACUUGCUAGAUGGAGAUGGAUCUUUCAAAUUUACUUGGUUGAGGGGUGCCUGGGUAGCUCAGUCAGUUAAGUUCUGCCUUCAGCUCCGGUCAUGAUCCCAGGGUCCUGGGAUCAAGUCCUGUGUUGGGCUCCCUGCUCAGUGGGGAGUCAGCUUCUCCCCCUGUCUCCCCCCCCCCCCCCGCCCGCUUGUGCUC